CGGACGUGUGGUUGGAGAGCGCGACUUGCUGAAUGAUAUAAAAAUGGAAUUACGGGGGAGCAACCAUCGCACUUGUUUCCUCCGAUGCUGUAGCCGCGACGGGAAGGUAUUGACUUCUUCACACCACAGCAAAAUUAAUCCAGUCCCCGUACCGGAUCGGCGUUUGCGUUACUCCGCAGCGACAGCAGAUAUUUCUGGCAAAGAUGGUGUCUCACUUGGUGGCGCUGUUUACGUGUCUGUCAUUGGUAGUGUUAGUGUCAGACACAGAUGCCCAGUGUUAUUAUUAUGAUGGUCCUUGUGUCUACGACAAGCAUCACUACGGUAUGUGGGAAAUGUGGGACACUGACGAUUGUGAGAUGUGCUUCUGCGAUGGCGAUUUCGGCUACGAGUGCUGUUCAAAGUUUUACGUUCCCACCGUCUACGACCACGAAAAAUGCACCGUGAUCAAAGACAAGAACACCUGCCAGACACGGCUGCUUGACAAAGAGGGCAACGAAUGCGAAUCGCUCGUUGGAAUUCUGUAAACAGCUCCCGAUUGGUUGGCCACCGCGCCCACAGCUGCUGCUGCACCUGUUCCUCAUUUCCUCCGAACGCGAUGAAAUUCCAGCGGAGAUAUGACCUAAUUUGGAAUUCCUGUUGCUUUCACUAACCCUCUUCUUUUUAUCCCUUUGCCUUUUGUAUAAUCCAUGAACGGAAAGGGGCCAACCCUUUUUGGGGGAGGAGGGGGGGUGGUUACGAUUGAAUGGGAGUUUUGUGAUUGUUUUUGUAUAAUCGAUAUUGAUUGGCAUUGCUUUUGUAUGAUG